CUAAGGUGAAGUUUGAGUGUAGAGGGAAGUUCGUUUUUCCAAGGUCACUUGUUUUGCUGCUGGGUUCUGGUGUAAAUAAUGAACGGUGUCACUUUCAAUCAUAACGAGCCAAUGGCUCUGGGAUCUCCUCCAAGUGGAACCACAUCUCCAAUUGCUUGUCAGUAUCUUCCAGGAUUUCUCAUGAGUGAAAAUCCACAGAUGGCAAAUGCACAAUCAACUGAAUCCAAGAUUCCACGUCAAAAUCCUGUUUCCCCUCUGUCUGGGAACGCAUAUAAUAUGCUAGCUCCUCAACAUAAUGUAAAUAAACUGCAACCACGAUAUAUGAGCCAACCGCAGGAUACAAUUGCACGUCGUUUAACAUCCCCUCCAACACGAAGUAUGUGGUCGUCUGUUAAUGCUACCGGUGUUCUUGCUAAAAACACUUCAGACAAUUUUGGUGGUGUUAAACACAGCACACCAAUUCUUGCUGCCAGCACACCAGUAAAUCCAUCAAUGAAAAGGUUGGGAACUGCAAGUCCAUUCCAAUCACCCGGUGAUCCAAGUUUCCAUCGUACUCCUUUGCAUAAUAUUGGAAAUAAUUCUACAUCUUUCAUUGGAUCUCCGUUACACAAUAAUAAUAGUGUCACAGGAAAUCCAAAUGAUGGUUUGGUUAAUAAGCAAGAUGGUUUGAUAACGCCUAAUCGUUUAGCUGAAGCACUGCUUACACAUCAAAGUUUCAACGAUAAUGAUUCUGCAAAUCUACACGAUUGUUGGGUGACUGUUUUUGGGUUUCCACCAUCUCGAGCUGCAUUCAUUCUCAAUCAAUUUGCUCAACUUGGCACUAUUGAAAAACAUGUGAUUACAAAUAGUGGUAAUUGGAUGCAUAUUAAAUACCAGAACAGGAUACAAGCUCGUUAUGCUUUGAAUAAAAAUGGAAAAGUUUUUGGUGAUAAUAUUAUGGUUGGUGUAUCAGUGUGUACUGAUCCACAAGUAAUAGAUGGAGAAAAGUCUGGUGUGUUUUGUAGACAGACAAAUACCAGUAAUAUAAAUGAUUCUGUAUUCCUUAGUCCAUCGAAUAACAACAGUAUGAACAAUAUUCGCCGUGGUAUCGAUGAUGCUAACAAUAAAACAACAGGAACAAUGAAUAGAACUCCGAAUAGAGAUAUGGGUGGAUUAAAGCCACCAUCAUUAAGUACUGGGAUUGAUUCUGGCAAUAAUAUGCUUACAGACAAACCAGUAGGUAGUAGCAUUGGCAGACAUAAUUCAAUGCGAUCGUUGGCUGCAUCUAAUCGACCAACAAGUCUAUCGAGAACAGCAAGUGUUCGACAGGACAGGGAUUCUGGAUUAAUAUCCAAAGCACUCGGCUACAUGUUUGGCUGGUCAUAAAUUUGAAACCAAUUUUUGGGUAUUUACCAGUUUCGAUUGUUGGUAAUACCGGAUAUGUAGUUAUGGUUUUCUGAGAUUCAUCUUAUCCUAUGCCAUAUUGUAAAAUAAAAGUAUAACGUUAUGAUCACAAAACAUUACACAUUUUUUUUGACCUAAUCCCCUCUUUUAACGCGAAACGUGAUACACGUAUGCACUUAUCUGUAUUAGUGGGGUAUAAGUGUGUGUAGACUUGCGGGUUGUUGAUUGUGAGGCUAACAAAACCUAUAAAUCAUGGUUUGAAAUUGACAACUGUGUAAACGCAGUCAUGUUCUGGACUCCAUGUGCUUAUCUUCGUUUUAGAUUAGAAGAGAGAGCCUUUUUCAAGUUGAGUUACACUUGCAGGACGGGUGUUAAGCGGUAUAAUAUAGUGGGAGAUAUUUAAGUUAUGUGAGUAGGAGAGUUAAUCAAUCAGUUUGUGAAGCUGCAUCGAUUGAAAUGGCAGGGGCACAUGUUACGCAUGCACACCAAGCCAUUGCUCCUCCUCGUCGAUUGAUGUUAGUUGACGUCGGGUUGUGUUGGAAAGCGAACCGAAACAUGGCAACAAUGCAUGCAGUUUUAGGCUAUGCGUUUAAUCCAUGUAGGAAGGUGCAGAGAUGCUAGUAACCAGUGGCUUGAAACUGUUGGUUGGUAACAUUUUUUCUUUCUGUAUCUGUAUGCGUAUGCUAUAUAUGUGUGUGUGUGUGUAGAGUGGCAACUUUGAAGUGUUACACUUUGUUGCAUGUUUGUGCGUUGAAAAUUCAUUCCAGAUUAGCCUGUAU